AGGAUGCGGUGGAUCGGUUAUGUGGCCACGAUUCUCUGGUGGUCGGGCAUCGCCAGGUCUCUCAGUACGCUGAAUCGAGGUCACAGUUACAAAAUCACUCCGAAACCUUGUAAAGUGCCCGGUUCGGAGAGCAAGGAAGGCACGUGCAUGUUUGUGUGGGAGUGUAUCAAGUCCGAGGGAACGCACGUGGGUGUGUGCGUGGAUACCUUCAUGUUCGGCAGUUGCUGCGUUCACAACACGACAGUAAACACGAUAGGCACGUUUUAUCAUCCUCAUAAUCAUUAUCAGCAGCACCAGCAGCAACACGACGGUACGACGAGUACGCUCAGGCCAGGGUUACUUCUGGCGGAGCCAACCGGGAACGAAACCAUCAGAUUGACGUCGACUUCCCUCUUGGGAUUCUCCUCGACAGCGUCAACCACCGCGAAAUCGAAUCUCCAUCACUUCUCGGGAUCUCACGGCUCCGAAAGCUCGACCAAACCGAUGAAACCAUAUUCGCACGGUGUCGGAAGGCCUUUGCAGAAAAGGCCGCACGCCAAACCAACAUCCGAGCACGAAAUCGAUGUACUGCAGACCCCCGCAGUGUCCUCCGUGUCUACGGACACGUGGGCGGAAGGAAGACCGCAAGGAACGAAGAGACCAGGUCAUCAUCCGGGUCAUUCUCAUCAUCACAAGACGAGGCCGGACGAUGGAACGCCGAGUGACAAUCCAUCGUCCGUUCUAAGCCAGCCGGGUUUCAAGGACAAGCUGGAGACACACAACACUUUAAUAGUUCGCUUGCCGGGGAAGGAACACGCCGAUGAUGAAGUCGUUGAUUCAAGUGACCUGAACAAACAGGGCAAACCGGGUAAACCGGGCAAUCAAAGGCCCUUUGAGUCGAGACCGGACGAUGGGAAGACUGAAGAUGUUGAUCUCAGCGUUCAGGAAACGAUAAAUCGACCGAAUGUCAAUUCCGUCAUUGAAAGCGAACCGGGGAAAGAGACGCAUCCGGGCUUGAAUUUCGUGCACACUGAACGGCCGCACUGGGCAACCAAGCCAGCACAGUCAAAACCAUCGUCGACAGAUUUCUCAAAGCCGUAUUUUUCAAUUAAAACGACCACUUAUCGACCAAUAAGCAGUCAACCAGAUCAUAGGCCGAAUUUUAUCUCAAGGCCCAACUGGAUACUAUCCACGAAAACGUCGACGACAACGACUGUCAGACCGACGUACAGACAGCCUUCCACCAGCGCAGCCGGAUCCGUGCCACAAACCUCUCACUGGCAAGUGACUACAGAACCGGCAUUCGUCACAAAACAGAAACCGUCAUCGUUGUCCUCAUCCUUGCCAACAUCAUUCUCCUCGCUUUCAUCGUCGUCGUCAUCGUCUUCAUCAGCGUCUUCGUCAGCAUCUUCAUCAUCCAAACCGAUAAUCGCAAUUACUGUGCCGGAAACCGUACGAAUUCCGUCUUUAGGUACGAGUUCUCAUUUCUGGUCGAAUAGCUGGACACCACCUAGGCCGUCCUUGAAACCUCACUGGACUGAUAGUCCCAGCCUUCUUCAGAACGGCCCGGAAAACUUUCCUCCGCGACCGAGUCUAAAGCCAACCGAGUCGCAACAGAGCACCGAAUAUCAGAAGCCCUUGGGUUCGGCACAUUACAUAACAACAUCCCACUUGGAGACUUCAACUAGGCCGCGGCCCACGAAGAAAACCACAAUGCAAAGCACAACACCGUCCACAUUGACGUCCUCCACCAGCGGUACCAGUCCGACGAGCACGACGGUAACGAUGACGACCACGAGCAGCACGACCAGCGCAAGCAGCACGAGUACCACGAGCGUCACUACGACGCAAGGAUUAUCGACCACCGAAAUGACGGCAAGCGAGAAGGCAACGGGUUCGGUGAUGACUGUCGCGGCCGCUAACGAGAGCAAGAACAUGCAGUGUGGAGUGCCACCGUUAUUUCCGCGGCCAGAAACGAGGAUUGUCGGUGGCAAGGACGCGUCGUUCGGUCGAUGGCCAUGGCAGGUAUCCGUACGUAGGACCUCCUUCUUUGGUUUCUCAAGUACUCACCGUUGCGGCGGGGCGGUACUCAAUGAGAAUUGGAUCGCCACCGCAGGCCAUUGCGUCGACGAUUUGCUGACGUCGCAAAUCCGGAUACGAGUCGGCGAGUACGACUUCUCGUCGGUACAAGAGCGACUGCCCUACGUGGAACGUGGAGUCGCCAAGAAAGUCGUGCAUCCCAAGUAUAACUUCUUCACGUACGAGUACGACCUCGCGCUAGUGCGCCUCGAAAGUUCCUUGACAUUUGCCGCGCACAUCUCGCCUAUCUGCCUACCAGCCACGGAUGACCUCCUAAUCGGAGAGAACGCGACAGUCACCGGCUGGGGAAGAUUAAGCGAGGGUGGAACGCUACCUUCUGUAUUGCAGGAAGUCUCCGUGCCGAUAGUGAGCAAUGAUAGGUGCAAGUCAAUGUUCUUGAGGGCCGGUAGACACGAGUUCAUACCGGACAUUUUUCUUUGCGCCGGUUACGAGACUGGCGGGCAAGAUUCGUGUCAGGGCGACUCCGGAGGACCUCUCCAGGUUCGCGGAAAGGAUGGCAGGUACUUUCUCGCGGGUAUCAUAUCUUGGGGCAUCGGUUGCGCGGAGGCUAACUUACCGGGUGUCUGCACGCGGAUAUCCAAGUUCGUACCAUGGAUUUUGAAAAACGUCAUCUGAUGUACUCGAUGAUGAACGUGGAGAGACAUAAGGUGACUUUCGAAUUCAGACGAAAUUUAUCGCGUAAAUAAAUAAUUCGCAGUGUCGUCUCGUGCGAUAUUAAAAGACAUUAUCCUAGAAUUUUCACGCGAUUGAAAAUACGACUACUAUAUCGUUUGCAUUUAUUUAUUUGCAUUUACACUGCCACUCACGGAAUAAAGAUCCUGGUUACUAUAUAUAUGAAAAAUAUAUAUCCGACACUAAAAGAUGUGAAAUAAGAUCAUCGUCGGGAGUUAUCGAAUAUACAUAUAUAUUAGUGACGUAUGUGAAAUCUCGUGCAUUGUAGCAGCACACUGAACUGUAUUUAUAUAAAAGUACGUAAGGAAAUAAUAUAUUUGCUAGAUUAAGGCUAAAUAAACAAGGGAAGUCUCAAUUGUGUAAUAAAAAGAUCAAAGGAAUAGUCCGAUUUCGAAGAUACAUCGUUAUCAUUCUUGCCACUUCGAUUCGAAUAUGAAAUACAACACACACACACACACACACAC